AUGCUACGGCGUCAACAUUCGGAGCCUCUCUUUGCGGAUACCAAAAGUGUCACAAGCUGCGACACCAGAGCCACUGCCGCAACCAUCCAUGUUGUCACACCAACCAACUCCGAACAAAGCACUAUGGAUCUUACUCCCCUUCAGUCAGAAAUCACUUCCUUGCGUAAAAGGCUGAGUGCGGCUCAAUCCUUGAACAAGCGGAGUGAACUUUUGCUAGGCCAAGUCAGGGUCUUGGAAGAGGAAAGUCAGCGCAAAGAUGAACGGCUACGAGUUCUGAAUGACAAAUUGCACGAUAUUCAGCGGGGUCUUUCUCACAUUGAUGACGAACGAGCAUCACUGCAACAGCUUGCCCAGAAACUAGAAGCCGAGAAGCGAAAGAUACGACAACAAUUGGAGUUGAGAGAUACCGAAGUCUUGACUUUGGUGAAGCGUUGUGCUGCGCAGGAAGAGAAAGUCAAGGAGUCGACUCUAUUACGCCGCAAGAACGCAGUGCUUGAGGGGAAAAUGAACGAGUAUAAGGCUGCGCUGGCAGAAAAAGAAACUGAACAAACCAACUUGGACGAAGCAGAAAGUGCACUUCGUGCAUGUCAGCAGCGAUUGGAGCAUACCAAACGAGAUCACGACGCCUUGGCAGGGACCCUACAAAGCUGCUUGGCAAACAUCAAAAAGCUGACAAUCGAGAAGGAAGACUGGGAAGACGAACGGCGCCGGCUAUUGAACCGAGCAGAGGUUGAAAUUGAAAAGGAACGACUGCAACACUUGGCAGAAAUGAAUGAAAUGAAAGUGAACCUCCAAAGUAGCCAGGACAAGAUUGAGAAACUCGAGGAGUUCAUGAAAGAUAAAUCCAUGUCCAACCACAUGCUUCGAAAGACAAACAGUGAGCUUGCCAAAUGGAAAACGCAAAGUACUGUCAAGUUGGAAGAAUAUGAAAAACAGAUUAAUGAAUUGAUGCAAGAGACCUUGGAAAAGCAACAGGAGGUCUUGGAUAUGAUGCACAGCAAGAAUGGCUGGAGUUCCAAGGUCAAGGAAAAGGAAGAGGUCAUUGCUUCGCUUCAAAAGACAAACAACGAGCUAUCCAAAUGGAAUACUCAGAGUACCGUCAAGUUGGAAGAAUACGAAAGGCAGAUCAAUGAGUUGAUGCAAGAAAGCAAGGAAAAGCAAGAGGAGAUCUUGGAUUUGACAUACAGUAAGAAUGGCUGGAGUUCCAAGGUCACAGAGAAGGAAGAAAUCAUCGCUUCGUUACGAAAUGAACUAUCCGACCUCAUGAGCAAAACAAUGUCGCUAUCCGAGAGUGUUGACGUCUUGAAAGAAGAGAACAAAGACUUGCAAUCGGAAGUGGAAGGGCUACGAGCGAGGGCCCAAUCGUUUGAUGCAUGGGAAGAAGAACGGGAUGCUAUGAACCAUUGUAUGACGGUGACCCAAGAUCAGAUUCAGGAGCUCAUGGAAGAAGUCGUCACCCUGCAACUUGAAAACGAAGAACUCGAGGACGAGAAGCUGGAGCUUCAGGAAGAGCUCAAAGCUUCGGUGGGAUCACAAAACGACAUUCAGAAUCUCGAGAAGCACAUAUCCGACAAAGAAUCAAACUGGUCGUGGCAGGAAAACAGCCUUCGAGCCAAAAUUAGCUCAUUAGAAGCCAAGAAGCAGGUGCUACAGGAAGGCAACGACGCGAAUUCCAGGGAUGCACAAGAAACCAUUCGGAAGCUCGAGUGGACCGUCGCUUCUCGAACCAAAGAUGCGGUUUCUCUGCAGAAGGAACUAGAGGCGGCAAGAGAGACUGAAGCAGAUCAUGUGAAUCAAAUCAAGUCUCUAGAAAGUAAUCUCUCGGACACAAUGAUACAACACGAUCAAACUCGCGCAGAAGCAGAAGAGCUUCGAGCCAAGAACAAUGGCAUGGAAAAAGAGGUGACCUUUGCGAAGGAGGCGUUGAAGCUAUCAGAAGCAACAAUCGAAACGCUACAAAGCGCCAUUGACGAGAAGGAGGCAGAGCUAGCCGCUGUACGCAAUUCGUUGACAUCGACCAGCGACAAACUGACAAAUGUGACAUCCAACAGCGAGUCGCGAGAUGCGGAGGUGGAGACGCUGAGACAGAAAUUGAUGGGGUAUACUGCAAAAGCUAGCAUGACGGACAAGCAGCUAGAGGAGGCCGAUGUAAGGAUCGCACAAAUCUUGGGUGAGCUUCGUACAGCAAACACAGAAAAGUCGGAAGCCAUUGAAGCAAAAGCCCUACUCGAAGCUGACUUACAAGUGACCAGCAGAUACGUAGAAGACAGCGCGGCAAGCAACGAUACGCUUAGGCAAGAGCUUCAGGAUUCCAGGGCCUCAAUAGCCAAUCUUGAAGCGAAGCUGGAAAAGAGUAGCGCCAACGAAAGCUUGUUAAGGACGGCUCUUGACGAGUCUGAGCGCGAGAUUGCUGAAUUGAAAACCUUGAUCCCUGAUCUAGAAUCCAAGCUGGCCGAAGGCGCAGAGCAAGAACAGAACCUGAUCGAGCUGCAGGGUGCGCUUGACGAAUCCCAGAGUGAAAUCGAAGAAUGCAGGAACUUGAUACUGGAUCUAGAAUCUCGGCUUGUCGAACGAGAAAGGGAGAACGAAAAGGGACAAGGGGUUCUUAGGACCGCUCUUGACGAGUCCCAGCGUGAAGUCAAAGAAUGCAAGAAAUCUAUCACGGACCUCAAAUUGCUGCUGCAGAAGCAAGGGGCCGACAUGGAACAAUCAACUCGAGAUGAGCUGAAGUCCCUUCAUGACUCUGUGUCCGACGGGCGCAAAACAAUUGCACGGCAUCAAGAGGAAUUGGAAACGCUAAGGCUGGCUCUGAAGAGGGCGCACACAGAUCUUGUACUUAAGGAUGAUGAGAUUCGAGAUCUAAAGAUGAUCGACCUCGUCGACCUCCAGGAAGAGCUCUCGUCGACAAGUGAAAAAUUAACUGCAAAAGAGUCCGAGAAUAACGACCUCAUUGGCAUGCUCGAAACGCUCGGGGUGCAGCAGCUCGAACGCGAGCUCGCAGUUGCAGAGGAGGUGAACACUUUGAAAACAACAAUCGCAUCACUUAAGAAGGAGUACCAUCAAUCCGGCCAAGGAGCCAUCGAACUCAAAUCCACCAACGUUGCGCUGCAGAGACGUAACACUUUGCUGGAAAAGCAAGUUCAAAGCGUGACAGCAGAAAAAGAUCUAGUGUUGGAGAGAGAAACUGCCUUGGAGAAGUCGAACGCUGAGUUGGAAGCCACCCUAUCUGAACGGACGUCUUUACUAGGAGAAAUGGUGGAGGUGAACAAAAAAUUGCAGAAAAGUGUCGAUGAGCAGUCCAGCGCUAAAGAAGAACAGCUGAAAUUGCAAGAAGAGCGAGACGACCUUGCGGAGGCCCUUUGUCAGGAGCAGAGCAUUCGCGAGGUUAUGGAAGCUGAAGUAUCGACUGUUAACGCUCAAGUAGCAUCGAUGAAGGCCCAGAUGAAAGAGACCAACGACCUGAUGGCUGAAAAAAAUGCGCUCGCGGACAAGGUAAAGCGCCAGGAAAAUUUUCUGAAGAAGAAGAUCCAAAAGGAAAAAGUGCUGCGAGAUCGAGCGACGACGUCUGCAAAGAACAUUGUGACCCCGUUACAACUUGCCUCUGCACGAAACAAAGCUCGUACCAGCACGGUUGUUCGGUCAUCCACAGCGUUUGACGAAGCAGCUACUGAAAACGACGACCUCAAUUGGUCAGCCAUCCUCGAAGAGGAGCUGGGAGACUAA